AUGACUGUUGAAAACCGAAACAAAUGGAAUGACUUCCACUACGAAAAUUUUGAAGCCGUUGCUAGUUAUAAGAACCAGGAUUUGAAUAAUAGUAGCUUGGCCCCCUUCCUCGUAGGGCACAAGAAUUCGUUUGUAUUGACUCCAUCGUUCGAGGGGCAACGACUGGUGGCUCUUUCGAAUGAUGAGGUUUCGAAUUUUAGGAAUUCUACAGUUUUCGAUAUCGUUUUGAAGCUCUAUUUUAAGUAUUGGACCAAGAUUGGUGCGGUCAAGAUUAACAAGGAGCUCCAAAUGGCUUGCUAUUUCAAGGUUCCAUUGAGUUCUGGCGGAAAAUCAGCUGAAAAAUUUGAUAGCACCAAGUGUGAUAAGGCUUAA